AUCUAUGUGUUCACCGGGUUGUUGUAGUUUUCCAGUGUCCUCAUCUCAUCACUUGAAAAGUAAAUUUUUUUGAAUCAGUACCACAGCCCAGCGUGUCAGCGUGUGCAUUUUUUGUGUAAAUAUGGCAACAGGCUUGGAAAAUUACGUUAAUCACACUGUUUCAAUUAUAACGUCAGAUGGCCGCAAUUUCAUCGGAACUUUAAAGGGUUUCGAUCAGACUAUCAAUUUAAUUUUAGACGAGUCACAUGAAAGGGUUUACAGCACUACUCAAGGUGUCGAACAAGUUGUUUUAGGACUACAGAUUAUUAGGGGCGACAAUGUGGCUAUAAUUGGAGAAUUGGAUGACGAUCUAGAUGCUCGCGUUGAUUUAUCUGUUAUAAGGGCAGAACCACUGAGCUCAGUCACACAUUGAGUGUAUUAGUCAUAAAUAAAUUUACAUUUAUGUUGAUUGAAUGCUAAGUAUGAUUUUGAUUGUAGUCAUACUUUCAUUUGCGAUAAUACAAGACUGUAAAUAUUAAAAAUCUAGAAAAUCAUCUACUCUGUACAAUAAUUUUACUUUUGUAAUAAAAAUGUCUCACUUGUAUCUCUCAGUUAUAUGUAUCUCAUUGCUCAAGUAUGCCAAACGUCGGUUGUUAAUAAAUGCAGAUGAAUUUUUUACAAAAAGUGUGAUUCAAGCAUAGAAAAUUACUUGCAAAGGUAUUUGAA